AUGCUGCAGGAUGAGCUUGGCGUGCGGGAAGCUCUCUCUGCCAUGCCCUUUGCAGCUUUCUGUGAGUUUCGAGUCGAUGAGCCGCCGCGGCGUGGUUGUCUCGCGGCGCUAUGCGGAAGCAGCGAGACGUCGCAGCGCCCCGCCCCACCAUCCUUUGAGCUGCACUAUAAAAGUCGUCACCCGCAGCUUCCAACGGCGGUUGAGGCGUACGGUCGGUCGGCAGCGGGGGUUGUGGUGGAACCGAGCCACCUCCGCAACCCUCUUGCGCUGGAGAAGACGAUGCACUUUCUUGUCCACCACUACCUGCGCGACCCGCACACGCCCGCGGUGUUUCUCGCACCUUUUGAGGUGUGGAGGUACUUGUGGGAUCGCAUGCGGCAGGUGCGAACGAAUUGGGUGCCGCAGCUCCCGCCGGUGGGGACGCAAUCGCUUAGCAGCCACGACUACGCCGAUGGCGUGCUGCCGGGCUCCGUGCGGGAGUCCAUCCGGCGGCUAAAGUGGCUGGAGUUCACCGUCGCGGCACUUGCGGUGGGUGGGGCAAAUUUGUGCCGCAGCGUGCAGGGCUGCCGCCGCUACAUGGCGGAGAAGCAGAACUUCCUUGAGUCCAUCGCGCAGUGCUUCAGCGAUUUGGUCUUGUCCUACCGCGCGGAGCAACGGCUGCGAAACUCAGAAAUGUUCUCCGCCGUUCUUCUCUUCUACGGUCUCGCGCAGCUCACAAAGGUGGAGAACCGUGCGGGGUUUUGUCAGGUGAUUGAGGUGCAGGUGGGUGACGACGCAGCCCCCACACACCUCUUUGAGCCGCCCUCCCGCAGCGUCGACUUCGGCAGCGUCUACCGCGAGUUGGCGUACCUGCCGCAAAUGGCCCGCACGCGGCAUGUGCGUGCAGUGUUGCGGCUCAUCCACAGCUGGUGCCAGCGUGAGUGGUUCGGGUUCUUUCACCUUUGCCGCUCCGAGCCCCUUACCGUGCUGCAGCGGGCAAUGGUGUUUCACUCCUUUUCGUACGCCCGCUUUAGGGCUGUGGUGGACCUUGUGACGGCAAACACCGUCGUGUAUGGGAAGGCGCGUCUUCGCGGUGAGAUGGCGAUUGCGGAACUCGCCGAUCUUCUUUUGAUGGAAGAGGCUCACUGCGUGGAGUUGCUCGAAACGAUGGGACUCGGCGGGCAGAUAAGCGAGGACCGCAGCAUUCUGCGCGUCGCGCGGGCUGACUCCUCGCCGUACACCACACAAGAGGCGAUUUACCGCCACUUGGAGGACACUGGAGGAAAGCCGCGCUUGUGCCUGCCAACGCUUCCCUCGUUCUUUGGGUUUACCGUUUGGCGAGAGGCGUUUGACUUGUUUCCUGACGCCUUCGGCGAUGCCCCACUGGCGACGCACGGGGAUCUUUGCAUCAUGACGUGCCCGGUGAAUCUCAUGCGUCUGCUAGAGCCUUACUGCCCCACAUACAACAACGACGUCGCCGCGGUGGAGCUGACGGACGCGGGAAAUGAGUGGUUUACCGGCGUCCAGGCGGCGCGAGAGCGGAUGUUGGCCUGGUAUGCCCUGCAUAUGUCCUCACGCGGUCCGCGGUACACCAACAACGACGAGGACGAGGAAGUGGCGGAGUUUACUGGUGGUGAUGUUGUCGCGCGUGGCGGGCGGAGUCGGGGACUCUCACAGGAGCUACUAAAGUCUGCUGUGGAGGCGAUGGAUCAGGAAAGCCAAUCCACGCACAGCUCUGUUUUCAACGGUUCCCUUGGCGGUGACCAUGACGCCAACGAUGGCAGCCGCAGCAGCAGCAACAACAACGCGGACGUGGUGGAGGGCGAGCAGGGAGAAGUGCCAGGCGCAGCUGAAUCUGCCAAACGUGAGGCAAGGGAACGAGCAGAGGAAGAGGAAGAGGAGGACGAGGCGGUGCGUGCCGCCAAGGUACUGCUGCUGUCGCUGCGCAACGACGCCAUGUACGCCAAGAUACAGAAGGAACUGCAGGCAAAGACGCGGGAGGACGCCAGAAGGGCAGAUGCAGCGGCGCCUCUUUCUGAAAGCUGUGACAGCCACCCGCAGAACACCGCCUAUGAUGUCAAUGAGGAUAAUAAGAAUAAUAGUGGUGACACCAACACAGAGGCAACGGUGGGGACAAUGCUGAACGCAGAGCCGAUGCCACACACGCCGCCAACAGCGGAGCCGUGGUUGAGCCUGCCUCCACCACCGUUCAAGGUUUGUGUUUCGCCGUUGCCAAGCGAGCAUCCCGGGAAGAUGUCGCCCAGUCUGCACCCCACGGUGGAGACGCCAACCAGCUGCAGCGCGGCAGGGACGGAGGUGCCACUGCUUCAAGAGGGCGUCGACUGGAGUGGGGUGGCCCCAGUAGAAGAAACGGAGCCGACGGCACCGCAGCCGCCAUUUCCGUUCUUCCCUGCACGCGUUUCCGACAUGACUGAAGGUGACGUGCGUGCGCCGCUGGAGCCGCACGGAGGUCGCAAGGAGGAGUCAAGGGCAAAGCGGCCACGGGAGGAGGCUGUUCCUUGUCAUGGCAUUCUGCCGUCAUCUAAGCCACCCGGAUUUUUUUCUGUGCGGCCUCCAAGAGAAGAAGCGGAGGUGGAGGUGGAAGUCAAACGCGGCCAGCAACUACGCUCAUGCCAUUUGGACGGUGCAAGCAGUGUUUACGUUUCCUCUGUGGAAAGUCGUGAGGUGCUUCUGCCGUUUGAGAAGGAGGAGGAACGGCGGCAGCUGCGUGGGGCUGAGAGUGACGCAGUGACGCAGCCACCACGCCAGCGAGCCUGCGUGGAAGGUGUGGCGCAGGAGACGUUGCAUGAACUGCAAGGCGUGCGGAAGGUAACAUUUGUGGCGGCAUCCCCCGGCCCCGCGAAGGUGCCCGGGCAGCCGACCUCAAAGUUGACAGGUGUCAAACCUCGAAGGCUGUCGUACCGGGACACCAUACGGACAUCGCUGCAACGGCAGCGUGGCACAUCGCGUGAGUUUGUGGGACGCGUCUCCGCCAGUCCACUCUCACGACUGGUGCAACAACAACGACAGCAAACAGAGGAAGCGUCGUUACGUUUCUCAUCCCAGCUGGGUGCCCCAGCUGUCGCAGGCGGCGCGAGUGAGCCACGUUGGAUGCACGCUUUUAUGAAUUAUCUCCUUGGCUUUUUUGCAGCCUCCUACGACGACGCAACGGCCUGUCGGUUUCUCUCCGAAGUUAUCUGUGGCGAUCCCGAGGCGCAGGCUCGUGGAGUUGCAGGGUGGCUCUGCCGCGGCUUUACCCCUUCUAUGGUGGCGCUCCGCGCGGCGCCACCGCAGCUGGACGUAGUUGGGAAGCCGGAUGUGCCGAUGUUGCAACUUACCUCAACUGUAGUUGUCUUUGGGGGUGCCAUGCGUGACGAAGGCACAGAUGAAACAAGUUGGUUCUCUGGGCGGCGCACCGUUCCUCGUGCAUCACUGCUAGAGAGCACAUGUGCGUCGGCGUGCACGAGCAGCGUCGCCGCAGAGGAGGCGCUCUGCGCGCUGUCAACCAUACGGCCGCUCUCGCUUGGGCGUUGGGUCGCGGCAAUGCUGCUCCCCCGUGAGGAAGCGGUCUCGUUGCUCACACGGGGUGCGCUGUACAGUGUGGGGCACAAAGGUGGGGCCGCGGCGGAGGACGACGACUCCGACGAUGCGGUGAGCGCAGACACGAGGAACGGGGGAGAGUUGCUUAGUCUGUGGGAGCAACUCCAUGCGGUACGGAUGUCCACAGCGCCGCGGCUGACACCAGCGGCGGAGUGGAGUCGACAGUCCUCGUCUCGGACAACAGGUACCUUGGCAGAGGCAGCCGCUUGGAGUCGUCCCCGUCGUCAUUUAACCACGUUGCAGACGCGGCUUGCCCUCUACGGUAUUGACUACCGUGACGCGCCGCAGCUUCGAUGUGUGGCGGGAGAGAAGGCGAGGUCGGCCUCCACACCAUGGCCAGAGGAACACAUCACUGCCGUCAUCACGCUCGACACCUCGCGAGGGGUGGAGUACGAGGCGGGGCUUUACACACUGCAGUUGUUAAUACGGCAGGCCGUUGAGCACCAGACGAUGUUUCUGGCCGGCGUGCUCAUCAUACUGUACGCCUCCUCCACUGAGGAGGAGUUGCGGCUGCAGCAAAGCGUAGAGGAGUUGUUUUGGACGACAUGGCGACAAUCCGCACAGCGGACGACGGCGGCAGCAGCGGAGCGGAUUGAGGCGAGUAAGGAAGUGGAGGCGGGGCGCAGCGCCUACCAACGCACCAUACGCCGCUCGCUGAGCGCCGUGAAACCGAAGCUGCAGACGGCGUCCCCCACGCGUAACCCCAACGUACGUCAGCCACACGACCACAGUAACGGCCGCGCCCGCACGAUGCAGAAUGCGAUCCGCGGAUUUUUUAUGCGCGGGGAUGCUAAAGAAGCAGCAACGCAUUGUACGACCACUGCCGACGAUGCCGUUGCUUUCGACACGACGCAGAGCUACGCGCCAAGCCCCGUCCUCGUCGUUCAGCCCAUUCGCACGACUUUAGAGAGUGGAACGGGGCGGGGCAGAACCGGCCAGGAUGCUUGCGGCGGCGGUUGUGUGACUGGUGGUGAGUUCGCGGCGAAUAAUGCAGAGCUUCUGCGUACUGCGCUGCUGCAGUCUGUCAACAGUUUACUGCACGGCUAUGACGCCAAGUGGAGGGAAUUUUUGCGGGAGAACGACAUGGGUGCGAGGGAGACGGUCUUGCGAGUGAGUUAA